AUGUAUUACGUGAGCGCACGUCUCGCACCGGGUUUGGGCUCAAAGUGGCAUAAUCUAAUGGACGGGCACUACUCGAUGACCUGUUCGUGUGACAGAAGGGCUCAUUUUGACAAUCAUUUCAAUGAUAAUAACCGAAGAGAUGAUAAGUCAUCGCCAGAUAAGGCGGCGGACAGUAAACGGUUUGACCGGCCGUCGGGUGCGAGGGAUAGGCGACGGCCCGGACAGAGACCGAUGGGUGACAGACAGAGAGACGGCAAGUCUCGGGACAAUCGCUUUAGUUAUGCGAAACUCAAUUCACGACUCUUUGAUGACAGACAAGAGGUGCCAGAGUUUAAAAUGAUUGAGGCCACGAGUCGAGUGGAACCGGUCUUCUCGUCCCACAAAUACAAUGAACUGGCAUUACAUCCAUAUCUGGUUAAGUGUCUGAGCGAUCGGCUGUCCAUCGAAGAGACCACUUCUGUCCAACAGGACUCAAUACCGGCGCUCAUGUCUGGCUCUGACGCUCUCAUCAAAUCGAUGACCGGUUCGGGAAAGACGUUGGCAUUUGCCGUACCAGUUGUGCAGGACUUACAGGCCAUUGAACCUCAUAUCCAGCGCUCAGACGGUAUCUACGCUCUGGUAAUAGUGCCGACACGAGAGCUCGCCCUCCAGUGUUACGAGAAUUUUUCGGUGUUGUGUCAGUCCUUCAAACGUCUGGUCACUGGCUAUCUGUGCGGAGGAGAGAAGAAAAAGUCGGAAAAGGCUCGCAUCAGGAAAGGGAUCAAUAUUCUGGUGACAACACCGGGACGUCUAUUAGACCACAUGCAGAGCACCGGUAAUCUACACCUGAAUCGUGUCAAAUGGUUUAUUAUCGACGAAGCGGACCGACUCUUAGAGGCCGGCUUUGAGGAGUCCGUCAAGAAAGUGAUGGACCAUCUCUACCACGUGUGUCCCACUCGACCCCAAACAGUGUUACUAUCGGCCACUCUGUCACCCGGUGUGGAACGACUGGCGGGCAUGAGUUUGACUAAUCCUCGCAUAAUCGAUAUAAGCAGUGAUCAGGACUUGAGUUCAUAUGUAUUGCCCGAACAUCUGAAGCAACACUUUAUAAUAGUGGCGCCGAAACUGCGGUUAAUAACACUUUCGGCGCUUUUGAUGGACAAGUGUUCAGUGAAUGAGUCGAAAGCACUGGUCUUUAUGUCGAGUCAAGACGUCGUUGACUUUCAUUUCAUGAUUUUUAAUAAUGUUUUCAACAGAUUAUUAGAUAAAAGCGAACAAAAAACAAUCAAUUUUUAUCAAUUGCACGGAAAUAUGGAUCAAUCGAAGAGACGACAAGUGUUUAAAGACUUCCGUGAGGCCCGAAACGGGGUAUUGUUUUGCACGGAUGUGGCCGCUCGUGGUCUGGACUUACCGCAAGUCGAUUGGAUCGUUCAGUUCACGUGUGCGCCCACUCCCGAAGACUUUGUCCAUCGCGUGGGCCGAACGGCGCGCAUUGGAAACACUGGAAAUGCGGUUCAGUUUGUAUUGACCACCGAAACAAAGUUCUUGGAAUUGAUGCAAAAGGACUUGAAUAUCAAUAUUUCGGAGAUUAAUCUAAAGGAAUGUCUGAAGACAUUAAUGCUUAUGAGGUUUAACCGAAAAGUGUUUACUGAAGAGGAAUACGCGACAGAAUUGCAGACGUGUUUCGAGACGGCGCUCACCCGCGACGAAGACCUGAUGGCUUUGGCCAAAAGGGCGUACCUGUCGUAUAUCAGAUCGUACGCCACUUACCCCAAAGCGGUGACCGAAGCCCUGCCCUUCAAAUCACUACAUUUGGGACAUUUGGCCAAAAGUUUUGCACUGCAAGAGUCGCCCAAAGCGUUGGGCGCCUAUGGGUUCCGUCUGAAGCAACAAAGCAUUGAUUUGCAACAGAAAUACAAUAUGUAUAACAAAAAAGUUAAACACAAUUUCGAGAGGACUGGCGGUGCGGACGGCUUUCAACCCGACGGCGAUUACCAGAGCAGUGGUGGCGCCGCCGAUGGAGAACCGGCCCAUAAAAGGCCAAAAUAUAGGCAAAUGCCAACUGAGAUGCGGACGAGUGAAUACGGCGGACAACUGGUCACUAAACCAAUGACCAAAAAGCGUUCAAAAAAGAGAUAA